AUGGAGUAUCACGGCACCCUGAACAUCGAUGUUCCAUGCUUUAACGCCUCCAAGCUCCAAACUACAAAGCUUUUCUCUCUCGCAACACUAUAUUUACACCUCGACGAUGGAAGAAAACAACACACUACAGAUGUCGGCGUCCGUGGCCGAGGCAUAUCCCGAGCGGGGCCUGAAAGCCUACACGUCAUCCUCGUGUACCUCUCCGAAAACCAACUGGCGGGCUACUCAGAAAGCGAGGUCGGUUCGAUAUUUAGCAUCUUUGCGUUCCUCUUCUUCUUUGGCGGGUUGCAGGUCGGACCCAUCUUCGACAGUUACGGUCUGAGAUUACUGUUGCCCACCGGAGCCUUCGGCCUCGUUAUUUCUCUGAUAUGUUCGAGUUUCUUCAAAACCUACUACCAGUUUCUCCUCGCUUUCAGCGUCCUCGGCGGCAUCGCCUCCUCCAUCUUAUGGACCUCCAGCAUCGCCACCCUAGGGCAUUGGUUCCAGCUGAAUCGCGGCCUCGCGACCGGCCUUGCAACAACGGCUGGCGGCUUCGGCGGCGCCACCUUCCCUAUUCUCUUCAAUCAGCUCACACCAGGACUUGGUUUCGCAUGGUCGAUCCGCUGCUUCGCCCUGCUCAGUGUUUUCUGCUUCCUCAUUAGCUCGCUGCUUCUGAAGACACGUCUCCCGCGAAACAGACAAGCUCGUCUGAUCCUUGACUGGGGCGGCGGCUUCAAGGAUAUACAAUUCGUACUUACCAUGUCCGCCAUCUUCAUCCUUGACUGGGCAGUUCUUGUCCCACCUGCGUACAUCACGACGUACUCCUCCUCCCACGGCUUCAACAACAUAUCUCCUCACAUUCUUGCCAUACUCAACGCUGCCUCAAUCUUCGGCCGCGGCAUCCCCGGUCCAGUGGCCGAUAGGCUUGGCCGUUUCAACAUCAUGAUUCUCUGCUCGGCUGUAUGUGCAUUUUCGAUUCUCGGGCUCUGGCUCAACGCUGGCUCCAGCGCUGUGGUAACCGUCGCAUUCGCUGCACUCUACGGUUUCUUUAGUGGCUCGGCGUAUAGCCUAACCCCCGUGUGUGUGGCACAGCUGUGCCGCACGGAAAAUUAUGCAAGUCGCUAUGGGACUGCGUAUGGGGUCGUUAGUCUGGCCACAUUGGCCGGAAUACCGAUCUCGGGGAAUAUCCUGAGUACAGGGAAUGGCGAGAACUACCAGGCACUGAUACUGUUCUGUGGUGCAGCAUAUGCUGGAAGUACAGGGUUGUUUAUUGUUGCAAGAGGACGUGAAAUUGGCACACUGAAGGAGCUUCGAGCCAUCGAAGCCAGCAUCUGGGCUAAGAUCUUCAGCUUCGAAGGUCUCGGAGGCCAUCUCAGCCUCCUGCGCAAAAGAUCUGAUGACGAGACGCUCACGUAUCUCAUAUAUAUGGUGACGGGACUAAAGGUUGCGUUUGGGGCGAAACUGGCCAAGGCUAAUGCGAAAAAUACGAAGGUCGAUGGCAAGUUGGAUAUGAUAGAUCCCCAAAGGGGGGGCAUCUGGGGGUGCUAG